CACCACUAGAUCUGGUUACAAAAAUAGAUAUAAAAAUAGAAAAUUUGGCAGAAACAUUAAGGAAAUUGAAUGAUGCUGAUAAGUUCAAAGUUAAUGAUAAUGAGAAUGAAGCUGCAGAUA